AUUUGUAUCUUAUUAAUUAAAUACAAAGUAAUUCCUCAAUUUGUGCAACAAAAAUUGUUUUAAAUCUGACAAAUUGAUGUUUGAAUUUUCGUUUACAAAAGCAGAUAAGUCGUAUUGAAAACUUGCCUCCCAAGCUUGAUUAAAAGCUCAUGAAUUUUAUCACAUAACAUAUAGGCAUCAUUGCCGUAGAAUGUGGUCCUUCCUUGAUUUUGAAACGCUAGCGAACCUGGCGGUGAAAGUCAGGCUUUACUGAACAAUGCGCAUAAGACAGAGCAGCAUCGCAUGCUUUGCUGUCUCUUUCUUUUGCCUUGGAUAUACGGGAGUGCCGUUCGUCGAUUGUUGAUAUACAAAGAGCCUACUUUGAAACUUGCAGUUUGUUCUAUGAUACCUAUCUGUUUUGUGAUUUUAUCCUCCGUGUACAAUUUAACGAACGUUGUCGGUCGGUAAAGCAGAUUCGUUCGUGGAACUCAUGAGCUACCUUCUGUCAUUAUUUUCUAAACAGCUCGCGUCGAAAUUUAAAACGAUCGGGAAUUGCAUUAUAAUUUUACUUUUAAGAUAAAAUAUUGUGUUUAAUAGAAACAUGUUGAAUUAAUACUUAGUUUUUGUUAAUUGAAAUUAGUGCUAAGUUAGUAAAUAGCUUAUAUAAACUGAGGAAAACAUCAUUGAACCAACAUGAAAAUAGCAGUUGAAGGAUGCGCUCACGGAGAGCUGGAAAAAAUUUACGAUCUGGUCGAAUCGAUUCAGACCCGUGAAGGCUACCAGAUCGAUUUGCUUAUCUGUUGUGGCGAUUUCCAGUCAACGAGAAAUCUAGAGGAUUUACAGUGCAUGGCAGUUCCGAAGAAGCAUCUGGAUAUUUGCACCUUUUACAAGUAUUACAGUGGUGAGAAGAAAGCGCCUGUAUUGACCCUUUUUAUCGGCGGUAACCACGAAGCGUCGAAUUAUCUGCAGGAGCUCCCCUACGGAGGUUGGGUCGCACCAAACAUCUACUACCUUGGGUACGCUGGAGUCGUAAAUGUGAACGGAAUUCGAAUAGGUGGCAUAUCGGGCAUCUACAAAGGACACGACUAUCUCAAGGGUCGAUUCGAGUUUUCUCCUUUUGAUGAAUCGACCAAACGUAGCGUUUAUCACAUUCGGCAAAUUGAUGUGUUUCGGUUAAAACAGUUGACCCCGAAGGUUGACAUUCUGUUGUCCCAUGACUGGCCUCGCGGAGUGACAGAAUAUGGUAACAAGACGCAACUACUGCGAUUCAAGCCGGCGUUUAAAGAGGACAUCGAUAAUGACAAGCUGGGGAGUCCUCCGUGUGACGACUUGAUGAGAACUCUGAAACCUCCGUUUUGGUUUUCGGCACAUCUGCAUUGUAAAUUUUCAGCGUUGAUUCCGCAUGACGACGGUGAAGAAACAAAGUUCCUUGCGUUGGAUAAAUGUUUGCCCAAGAGAAGAUUUCUCCAAGUGUUGGAUAUUGAAUGCGAGGGGAAAUCCGGUGCAGUAGAAUUGUGUUACGAUUUAGAAUGGUUGACCAUCUUACAUCUGACGAAUCAUUUAAUAAGCGUAAGAGGAAGUAAAGGUUAUAUGCCGGGUGAAGGUGGUGGAGAGCGCUUCAAAUUUACCCCCACGGAAGCAGAGAAGAAAUUGGUUCUUGAGCGGUUCCAAAAUGAUCUACGUAUUCCACAAAAUUUUACAAGAAUAGUAGAACCUCAUAACCCUUCGGUUGAGCAGGAUUUUGAUCUAGUGGAACAACCGAAGGCGUUUCUCAAUCCGCAAACGACAGAGUUCUGUGAUACUCUCAACAUCGACGAUCCCCUUCGAUUGGCCAUGCUAAUGACUGGACACAAUUUGAAUACUUCAACCUACGUAGAUCAUACUCCACCCAGUGCAUCUAUUAGUCCCGAGCGUAACGAAGACGAAGUUCUACUGGAAGACGACGAGGAUGACGGAUCGUGUUCAAACGACGAAGAAGAUGGCGAUCAAAAGCCUUCUCAUUUUCUUUCCCGUGCUCCACUCGCUUCGGUUCUGCCGCAACCAAUGUGGCGCUACGAUUCAACGUCAGAUCAGUCCACCCUGGACGAUUCUUCACUGUCCACUUCGAAUCGUAGCAUACUUAGUCUUCCGACACCGAAAAAACAGGAUUCCACCCUUUCGGAUAAUUUCACCAUCGAUGAGCUGAACCUCUCCAGUCCAAAGUUGUCUUCGAUGGUUGAGAAAAAGGGAGAGACUGUGUCGCCUUCCUCGGCACUGGAUGGAAUUUCCAAGUUGCCCAUCGAAGAUGAUCAAGCGGAAAAACCACCGGUGAAAAAAUUCAAACGGCGGAAUCAAGCCAUCUACAAUAAGGAUGAUAGUGAUUGAGAGCAUGCUAACGAAGUGUUUCUAUAUAAUAAUGUACAUAUCAUGGCCAUCCGAUUGUAAGAGGUAAGUGAACAUUAUUUAGGUUUUUUUUAUCGCAGGUUCUCAUUUAUAACACACCAAAUGAGACAAUACUCUGUUCGUUUGCGAAAGUAGCUGGUGGAACCACAAUGACGAAUUAUCUUUUUGUCAACCUGUUUAGGGUUCAAUGCUGGACAUCAUAUCUCAGGACAUCAUCGAGAUGAUAUCCAACACUAGUACUAAUGCUGUUCUUAUUUUAAUAAAAAGGCUUCUUAAAAUUAAAGAUAGCGAAAAAUGUCGCUACACUGGAAUGCAAUAUACGCGAACAAAAUCGUGUCCAACAAAGCGUUUGCAUUUGAGAGUUGAAUGCAGAUGAGUUAUUGAUAGGUUUACAACAAGGCAUAUGAGAAGAUGAUAAUAAAUUUUGUACUACACCAAA